AUGGCUGGCAAAUCUCUGUCACCUCGUAGCCCCCCAACUCUUCCCACCUUUGAUGACGAUAGGCAACGAAGUUCUUUUUCCUUCUUCAUUUUAUGCACCGCUAUCGAGUCUAGCCCGGGGUAUGGUGCUGAGUUCUGGUCUCAAACAGUCCUACAGCUUAGUUUGACUGAGCCUGCGAUCCGGUAUGCCGUCUGCUCGCUAAGUGCGCUCCAUCAACGGUUUCGGGCCACUCAUUUGAACGGACGUUUUCCAGGCGAGAGUGCUAUAGAGUAUGGCAAGUAUUCUCUAGAACAGUACACCCAUGCUGUCGGCCAUACAAAGAGACUCCUUGCAUUAGGUUCAGGCGGCGAGAAGACGCUGGUGAUUAAAGGACUGGUGGCCUGCAUUCUCUUUGUCUGCUAUGAAAAUUUGAUUGGGAAUUUCAAAACGGCGCAGAUGCAUCUGCAGAAUGGCAUUCGCAUACUAGCGAGAGAAGCGAGUAAACGAGGUACAGUACCCGGGCCCCAGGUCAACUCGUCAUCUGCUAUCCCCAACAACGUCCAAAGGGUCUUUGCUCGCCUGGAUCUACAGGCCAUGGCCUUCGCCGACAAUCAAGCGCCAUACCCAUACCAGCUACAUCAAACUCCGCCCAACCUCAGAUUUCCACCGAAGGCUUUUAAUUCGACAAUAGACGCAAUGGACUACCUUAUUCACAAUUUUUGCUGGAUUUUUCGAACUGCUGUUCUUUCAGAACCCCAACCAGUCCCAACAGAUCAACUGGAUGCAGCAUCCAAAGUUUUGAAGGAGUGGAACUCAACAUUUCAACGGCUUUUAGACUCUAUGAGCGAAGAGAACCUCCAGAAGGUCUCGUAUACCAUCUCCUUGUUAAAGAUGUACCAUAUUGUUAUGACAAUUAUAGUCGCCACGGGUAUCUAUGGACAAGAGUGCAUACAUGACGCUUACUUAUGGGGAUAUGAGCACGUUGUGGACUUGGGGGAAAAUCUGCUUCCCAGGGAGAUAGCCAAGCGGGAGGACAAACAGCACGUCUUCUCUUUCGAGCCUGGCCUCAUCUUUCCCCUCUUUUUCACUGCUAUUAAAUGCCGAUAUCCACAGAUACGUCGGCGUGCAAUAGCUUUGCUUGAGGCCGCCAACCAUCAAGAGGGAUCUUGGGAAAGCAUCGCCGCGAGCAGGGUUGCUGGCUUUGUGAUGGGUAUCGAAGAAGCCGGACUACCAGCCGGAGCUGGACCCGAUUUAAUCACAGAAACCGGACGUGUACAUCUAGUCAUGGUUUCCGUGAAGUCAGAUCUGCGGAAGGUUGAGAUUGGCUGUGUUCGGGUCUCGGAGCUAGAUGGCUCUUAUUAUGUAACGGAAGGGAAGGUCUCUUACUGA